GGGGCGGGGCCUGCGCGGGGCGGGGCCGGCGGCGCGGAUGGCGGCGGCGCUAGGCGCCUGAGCGGGCCAUGAGCUCCGCCCGGCCCCAGUUCAGCAUCGAUGACGCCUUCGACCUGUCCCUGGAGGAUGCGGGUCCUGGGCCCGAGUCCAGCGGGGUCGCCCGCUUCGGGCCGCUGCACUUCGACCGCCGGGCCCGGUUCGAAGUGACGGACGAGGAAAAGCAGUCCGGACUGCGGUACCAGAACCUGGAGAACGAUGAAGAUGGCGCCCAGGCCUCUCCAGAGCCGGAUGCGGGAGCCAGUACCAGGGACUCCGACCCCGCCUCCGUGCGCGGCUCCCAGUGGUCCUUCAGCACACUCAGCACCAGCACCCAGCGCUCCUACAGGGCCUGCUGCAGCUGGGUGCAGCACCCCCUGGUCCAGAAGAACCACCGCGUCGUGCUGGCCUCCUUCCUGCUGCUACUGCUCGGCCUGGGGGUGUUCGCGCAGGCCACAGCGGGGAGGCAGCUGAGCUGGGCUUCCGAGGGAGGUGUCUGGCCCGGGCAGCUUCUGCUCAGCGGGCGGGAACCAUCAGGCCUAACGGGAGCUGGACUGGUGCCCAGCCCUGCCCUCACCCUCGCCACUCCACGCAGUGUUGAUCCUGAUCGGCGUGGGACUGGAGGUGGCCCCCAACCCAGGUGUCUCCAGUGCCAUAUUCUUCGUGCCUGGCUUCCUGCUGCUGGUCCCUGGAGUCUACCACGUGAUCUUCAUCUACUGCGGUGUCCGGGGUCAUCGGGGCUUCCAGUUCUUCUACCUGCCCUACUUCGAGAAGUGAGCUGAGCCGUCGGAAGUGAGCCCCGCCCCCAACCCCCGCUCGUGUCCCCUCAUCUUCAGGGAAAUACUCCCAAGACCCCGCAGUCCCCUCGGGACUUUACUCAGGAAGUUCGGGGGUGCAGACCCCCACCCCAACGGCUCAGCCUUGGAGCCAGGGAAAAGCGCCUCGUGCCUGCUCUGUGCCUUAACGUAUUCCCACUUGGGGGCUGCGGAUUGGUGUCUUUCAUGUUAAUAAAGGGGUCGUUAUUUCCAGAAGAGAUGGUUGCAGUUUCCUUCCUGUGGGCUACAAACUCUCCCGCAGGAACUGGAAGUCACCCCAGGACCACUUACCCGCCCCCCACCGU